GAUCUCCCAACUCAUCUCUGGUCGAGGGUGGUCGAGGGAAGUGAGAACAAAUGAGAGGAAUGACGUCUGGUGCGGAAGGGAGGUUUGUUGUUAGUAGGACGGUAAUACGUUUUUAACAAGAAGACAACCCGCGCGGAGGUAUUUCUGCUCCAUCCAUCCCAGUGGACUUUGUACUAUCUUCUCAUGGAAUUUUCGUCCAUUGGAAUAUGAUACGCCGUUAUAAUAGGUGUAAGCCACUCUUUCGUAAUGCUGAGCGGUGGCAGCUUCCGAGAAUAAAUAUGGUAUUGGGAAGCGAUCGCCCAUUACGACGGAAAUUUGGCGAAGUGUUAAGAUCUGUGUGGAAUAUGACUGAGGUUACUAGAAUGACUUAGUGUUUUCGACGCACGCGCUAAGUGGUAAUGGGUGGUGUUAGUAACGGAGGUAGUACACGUUGGAUUUAACUUGUUGAAAAUGAUCAUUAAGCCCCAGAACAGGAUCUAAGACUCUAUGGAAACUUUUAAAUUCUUCGAGAGUAAAAUGCAAAUAUCUCCUAAACUGUCUCACUGACUACUGUGAUGGCUCGAGCCGAAGCUGAAAAUCUUGCUCGCAAGACAGAUUUUAUCGAAGAAGGUUUGUUCGAACUACAAUGUCUUAUCAAGGCAACUGGGAUCUGCUUGAGUGCAUUCUGCGAACUCCAUGGAAGGAAACUGCUUGCAUUUACAACAGAAAACACAGACUUGAUUCUUCAUUAUCGGAGAGAAGCCAAAAGUCCAUCUAUUCUUAAAAGGGUUCUGUGGUUUCAAAAUCUUCGCAAAACCAUAACUGCUCUGUGUUUUGAUCCAUCUGGAUCAUGGUUGCUCGCUGCAUCCAUCGAUGGGUCGCUUCACAUUAUACCUGCAUUGGCAUUGGUCGACGAGAGUUUAAUCAUUGAUCAUAGAUGGGCAAUAAAUGACAUAACUUCUUUAGCCGAUGUUAAUUCACAGUCUUCCUACUCUAGGCCAACAUCGAUAGUCUGGUGGCAGGGUGAAGUUCGAGCCAACCAUUUAGCAGUUCUGGGAACCGAAGAAGGCGAAGUUGUACUUAUUAAUUUGGAAAUUGGACAACAAGUGGGCUGCACACACAUUAACGAGCCUGUUACCGAUCUCCACGUUUGUCGAAAUAAUAGCUUAGAUACGGUAUUCCUACUUAUAACAGGAAAAUCAAAACAACAAUGGAGAUUGAUAUUGGAGAAAUGCACAAAUGGCUACAUCUGUCCUAUAGAAAAUGAGAAAUCAGUCCUGCAUGUUUAUGCAUCCCAACAGUCGACGGAUGACAAUAUCAAUGAAGAUUCAAAAAAUUAUCCCAGAUCAAGAUUGCAAAGUUUGAAACAAUUGUCUGUAGAAAAACUUACUGUUCUUAAGCAAAAAUUGGCUGAGUGCAGAACUCGCAAUUUAGGGGGCUCGCUGUUACCACAAGGUCAUGGUCCGGGCACCGAUGAGAUAAUAUCCUGUAAUUCCGCUUUUACCAUUUCGUUGGAAGGAAAAACGGAAUUACUUAAUCCCGAGCCAUUAUCGAAAGACAUAUUUCUAAUACCUCAGUAUACGAGACAAGGGCAGCAUUUGUAUAUGUUGGGUUACCACCAACUUACGAGUCAUGUUACUGUUAUUGAAAUUAAAUCUUCUGCAAUGUCGUCGUAUGCGCACAAAAUGCCAGAGUCUUGCUACAAUAUUUUGCUUACGAGGUGGUUCUUUUUUGUUACCGACCUAUCGAAGCGAUCGUUGUACAUUGUAUCGUGUCCAUUGUCGAAAGUAGAUUUGCCCGUUAAUGAAGCAUCUAAAGUCGGUCCCUCUAUUGUUGGACAUUGUUCUUUUGAUAAUGCCGAGGAAGUUAUAAAAAAUAUUUAUUGGGAAACAGACCGUGAGACGAUAUCUCCAAAGGAAGAAUCUGCUGAGAAUAAGGAACAAGGAUAUACGAUGCCAAAGAAAGUCGAAGAUAUCAAAAUCGACGUGCCUCCUGUGGAUACUUGUACAAUUAUUACGAAUUUAGGUGUAUAUAAAGUUGUUCUUAGGCAAUCGUUAGUCUCUGUCUUUAUGCAUAUGGUACUAAUAAGGAAAGAGCUGGAAAAGGCAAGAAAAUUGGCUUAUGCAUUUGGACUGAAUACAAAGCAGUUGUUUGAAUAUGCCGGAGAUAUACUUUUAAUGAGAAAAGAAUUUCCUCAGGCUGUGAUUUUGUAUAAAUUAUCUAAGUGUCGCUUAUUGAAAAGUGUAUUAAAGUUUGCAUCCGCUGGUCAAACUUCGGAACUUCUGACCUGUCUUACCGAAUUCUUGACACCACCCUCUGUCACAGAAUUACCAAUGGCGACGAGAAUACAUUUAUCCAAUUUAAGUGUUUUAGCCUUUACGGAACUUACCCUCAGGGCGGGCACACACAGAGUGAAACAUGUUCACAAUGACUUUUUAUACUUCUUGUCUACAAACACUUUUUAUGAUGAACUUCUGGCGGUCAGUAUUGCUGGGAAGACUAAUCUUUGGAAGAUUUUACACCAUCUAGCAACACAACGAGGUCUUUAUGCACAAGUAUUGGAGAUGUUAAUGCAAUUCCCACCGUUAAAGCUACACCCUUCAAUGUACCAAAGCAAUUACAGCUUGCUGAUAUGUGUCAGUGAACCGAAUCUAAUACAGGCCCUGCUGAGCAAUCCGGUUCUGUUGAAACGCCACGUGGCCUUUGUUGCGGAGAAUCUUUCAAAUUUUCACAAUUUCUUCCUCCAGAGACUACUGACGUUGUACGACCCAACUAAUCCAGUGUUACGCCCACUGUUAAUUCGGUACAGAAGUCAGGUUAAAAUUGCUUCGCGAAGUUCUCAAUCGAGUUUGGAUAGUUGCGGAGAUUUCAGAGAUAUCUGGCUGUUAGGGGUCCUGUUAGAACAAAUUGUACACACCUUUGUACUUGUUUUAACUACAUUUAUUCACGAGAGAGUGCCAAUGUUAAGUUAUAAUCCCAUGCUUAUGAAGCGUUUUCGGUCUCAGGAAUUUACAAACGAUCGUAAAGGUGCUGAGACCGAUAUAGACUUCAAAAGAAGGCUCCUGAGUGCUGGAUUUUCUCACGCAGCUUUGAUAAGAAACGGAAACGUUUACACUUGGGGGGGUGCACUACAUGGCUGCUUGGGAACGGGGCCGUCGAUUUCCAGAUACGCGAGCCCACGAGCAGUCGGUUUAUUUCAUGAUAUGGAAGUAGAAAUCUUAAGCGUAUCGUGUGGACGCUGUCACACGCUAGCUGUAACUAAUAAUGGUGUUUAUACGUGGGGAGGGAGUCAAUUUGGUCAAUUAGGAUUAGGUAAACUGGCCCAGAGUCCAAGUCCUGAAUUAAUAACAUGCUUGGCUCAAGAGAUAAUAGUAGACGCCGUUGCUGGGCAAUACCAUUCGGUUGCCUUGACUGUUGACGGUAGAGUCUUUACCUGGGGUUGGGGCGUUCACGGACAACUUGGUCACGGGAAUACAGACGAGAUUAACACACCAACGUUGGUAACUGCAUUACUUGGCGUCGUUAUCAAGCACGUUAGUGCUGGGCACGCGCAUACGAUUGCACUUUCCGCAGAGGGAUACGUUUACGGAUUUGGGAGUAACAUCUUUGGACAACUUGGAAAUGGCAAUAACAUGAAAAGUUCAGUGCCAAUUAAAAUUUCCUUAUUGCCAGAAAAAAUAUCAUUAAUUGCAACCGGAUACUUUCAUAAUCUUGCCAUUAGCGAGACAAAUAAACUGUACACGUGGGGAGCGAGUCCCCAGGUUUUAAGACUACAAGCCCACGCGCAAAAGAAAUCGAAAAAACAUCAAGCUACCAGCGAGAAGAAAGAUCAGAGUCCAGAAAAUAUAAAUCAGUUCAAGGAAGAACCUAGUGACGAGAUUAUUCUAAAGGACGUGCACGAGACGGAGUUCAGUGCCGGAAGCAAUAACGAUACUCAAAUGACCAGCGAACCGAGAAAGUCCGACGGAGUAAAGUCAUCGAAAAGUCCCACAUUGAGAGGUUUAAGUGUUGGAUUGCUCGAGAAGGAUCAGUCGCAUUUAAAACCCGCUCUGGUCGAUACGAGUUUAGUUAACGGAAAAAUUGUCCAGAUAUCGACGGGUUGUCACCAUUCGGCUCUUUUGACAAAAGAUGGUUCCGUUUAUACUUGGGGCCGUAAUUUGGACGGGCAAAUAGGAAAUGGUAAUCGUCGGGAAGUUCCAUCGCCAACGCCCCUUAACUAUAAUGCCGCGUCCGUUUUGGUCCAAGUACCUCCUAGGUCCCAUAACAGAUCGACAGAAAAUAAAUCGAAUUCGAACAAUGAAAAUGGAUUCGUCGUAAGUACCGGGAGGGACGAUGGAUGUAUAUCGGACCUGACGAAUGCUACCGAGGAAUUAACGAAUCAACUCGUUCAAACGAUAAAAACCGUAAGAAUUUGUUGCGGAAGUGACUUCACCGUUGCAGUGCAACCAGGGGGUACGGUAUUAGCAUGGGGUAGUAAUACGUUGGGGAGAUUGGGGCGACCUCCCGCAAAGGAUUUCCGUGGAAUGGACGAUAAACUCGUUUUACUAAAGGCUUCGAAACGCGUCGUUCGAGUACCUCACGCGUCACAGCCAGCUUUGGAUACUCCUAGUCCAGUACCUAAUAUUCCAAGCCCAAUAAUUUCGUAUGAAUGUUACGACGUAACCCCUUUGGCGGGACUCGUCCUUCCCUUGACGACCAUUGAGAAAUGUCCAGGUGAGGAAACGUUCCAUUACGUUUUGGAACAAUUCCACGAGAUGUACGACAGCUCGGAAAUUAUGGAAAAGUGCACGCGCUUGGGUAACUAUCAAGCCUGUUCCAAGCUGGCACUUUUGGAGAAAAAUUAUGGUCAAGCUCUCGGUUACCAGCUGAGAGCAUUGGAUGCGUCUCGUCACGUGUCUAUUGCAUCUUCAUAUCCCACCGACGAGACAUUACUUGACCGAGAAGUGCAAAAUGCAGAAAUAGAAUCAUCUAAAUGUUCGCAAGGCGAGUCGGAAAAUGAGGACGCACAAAUCAGCCAUUUACAAAAGAAUACCGAAUUGUUUGAUAGACAAGUCGAACAGAACAUUGUCGAUCACUUAGAGGAGAGCGUAAUUAAGUCGAAAAUCAAGAUGCCAGCUAGUAAGUCGUUGGACAGCUUUCAAGUGCUGGAACAGGAAUUGCACACAUUUGACUGCCAAGGGGGCUCGGAAGAACUUUACGAAGACAUUAGCGAAGAUAGCAUCGGGAACGCCGUCGACCCAGAAAUGGAAGCGGCUCUCUUGUCGCAAUGGGUCGGCACUCUCAUAUUUGGCAGUGACUUUGUGUGCGAUUCACUUCGCAACAAGCCAAAUGUUUUAGGAUUCGCGGAUAUUUUGACUAAUUCCUCGCUACCUGGUACCGCUUUAACGAGUCACAAAGACGCGGGCAUGACCGAAAAGAAUAUAUCCGUGAACGACGACCGAAAGGGCAACGUAACUCAGGAAGCCAUAGAUGCGAUUAAAUUUUAUAUUAACGAGGUCGAAGGCAAUGACCACGCCCAAGUGCGCGAUACAUUGGCAAACGCCAUCGACUUUUGGUCCGCGCACAGUCUGUCGAUGCAAAAUUUAGAGAACAUCUUUUUGGAGUACAUGGGCAAAUUAUUUUACCCCAUGGGUUUGUUACUCUUUUGUCCAAGUGACGGCGUCAUUUCGAAUAUAGAUGAAACGGACACGAAAGAUAAGGACGUCAUUAAUUCCGUAUCUACUAAAUUUUGUCUUCACGUUUGUUCAGUGGUUUUAGGACAUAUAGAUCAAGGCAAGCCAACACCCGAAUACGUAAAGAUGCUGUCUCAGUUGGUAGCAAACCAUUACGGACCCCCUCUUACCGGUUACCCUGGAUCCGAUGGUAACGAAACUGCUGAGCAAAUGAUGGAAGGUGUUACAAGUACCAUAUCAGAAAAUUCGGCUUCCCGUCCUUUCGUGCACAUCACGGAUCCAGAUCAAGUAUCUCGUUUCGUAACCCUAAAAGAAGAUGCGAUGGUGUUCACUUGCGGUCAUCACUUCCCCCUCUCGGUAUAUCGGUCUGAAAUCAUUCCGGGAAUGGAAGCCGAGUUACUGAUGGCUCAACCAAUGCCUCUUCCAUCUACCGCACAAUUAUUGGGUAAUGUAUUGUACCGAACCAGUAAGCCUGAAAUGAUGUGUCCUCUAUGUAUUCCAUCCGCCCUGCAAGCAGUGGUAAAAAAUAUAGCGGACCGGUAAAUGGGUAACGAUUUAACUCUCUGAUUUGGGAUUCUCUUUGACAAAUGGAUAUAUACUUUGACUGCUGUACGACGUCAGUGUAUCUCGUUAAACGCGACAAGAGCUUAGAACAUUGACUGGUGGAAGUAUAUGAAAUAACUUAAGGUCCUUAUGUAACACGAUUCGCAUAAACCAUAGCGUUAUUCUGAUAUUUAGUGAGUGACCGUGGUAGUUGUACGGAAAGAUCUUUCAAAGUGCACAAGGUUUGCGACAUUGUGUUUCAUUAAAGCGCGGACUUUUAUUGGCGGGUAGAUUCUUUCUUCUCGUGCAUAUCUGGAAGAUCGUAGUAUUACACGAAAAGUGUUGAUACACGUGAUAUGCGACGAUUCAAAAGUAAAAGAUGCUCCGGGGGAAAUCGACAUUUUUAAUCCACUCGUGGCCUGGGGGUCGAUUCCGUAACUCGAAUCUAGUGAAAAUGCUAUUAGUGAACACCUCUCGCGAAUCCAUGACAUUCACUAUGGUAAAAAAAAGAUUGGUAUAUUUGGCGUGGGAUUACUCGAUCGGUCUCGCGUGAGAUCUCGGACCGAGUUCCUUGACUCUAGGGAUUUCACAUUUUCACUCGGAAGGUACACAAUCGGGUAAGUAAACUAACGUGAGAUGACAGAGCGAGAAAUGUGAGUCCCCACGCCAAAGAUACAGGAUCGAUCCUGUAUCCAGAGUAUGAAUUUCCUUCCUUCGUAUAUGAUGUUUAUAUCAUGUACUUAUUGAUCGUGCAGUGCAAUAAAGUGAAAGAACGUUAAUACGAAAUCGACACCCUAGGAUUUUAUAUUGCCACUGCUAAUGUAUAGUACUUAAACUAGGCUCUGCGAUUCGCGUCAUCCUGUACUCACGUUUCCAAAGUUUGAAAUAAAAUUUCACUGUACAUUGUUGAGGCGCAAAUAUAGUUUAUAAACGACAUCAUUUGCUUUGAAAUAAAUAUUUUCGCAACGUCAAGACAA